AUGGCCAAGACUUUCACAAAAGGCGACGUAGCGUCGCACAACAAGGCAGAUAACCUCUGGGUGGUUAUCGAUGAGGAUGUUUACGAUUUGACCAAGUUUCAAGAUGAACAUCCAGGCGGAAAGAAGAUUCUUCAACGUGUCGCCGGAAAAGAUGCCUCGAAGCAGUUCUGGAAAUACCACAACGAGGGAAUUCUGAAGAAGUACAAGGGAAACUUGCAGAUCGGUUCCCUAGACUCCAAGAAAGCCGCGGCUCCCGAACCACCUGCUUCUGCUCCCACAACACAGCCUUCCAAGCCUCUGGCGGCACCAGUUGAUGUUGCCUCGGCGAAGUCGUCCGAGACUCAGGAUCCGUUCGGUGAACUGAUUCCUUUUGCGGACCCGGCAUGGUACCAAGGUUACCACUCACCCUACUUUAACCAGACUCACUCGGCGCUCCGCGAGGAGAUCCGCCAGUGGGUGGACUCUGAGAUCGAGCCGUAUGUGACCGAAUGGGACGAGGCAAAGAAGGUGCCCGAUCAUAUCUAUAAGCAGAUGGGCGAAAGGGGAUACCUGGCCGGUCUCCUGGGUAUGAAGAAGUACCCUGUCGACUAUACUCCGCACCGGGUUCAGUCCGUCGCGCCAGAGAACUGGGACUUGUUCCAUGAGAUGCUCCUCACCGAUGAGUUGUCGCGGGUCGGCAGCGGUGGCCUGGUAUGGAACCUGAUCGGCGGUUUUGGCAUUGGUUGCCCGCCGCUGGUGAAGUUCGGGAAGAAGCCCCUUGUCGACAGGAUUCUGCCCGGUAUCUUGGCUGGAGACAAGCGUAUUUGUCUGGCCAUCACCGAGCCGGAUGCGGGUAGUGAUGUUGCAAACCUGACCUGCGAGGCUAAACUAUCGCCCGACGGCAAGCAUUACAUUGUUAACGGCGAGAAGAAGUGGAUCACCAACGGUGUCUGGUCGGAUUACUUCACCACUGCAGUGCGCACUGGUGAUGCCGGUAUGAACGGCGUCAGUGUACUCCUCAUUGAGAGGGACAUGGGCGGUGUUAGCACCAGGCGCAUGGAUUGCCAGGGUGUCUGGAGCAGUGGUACCACCUAUAUCACCUUUGAGGAUGUCAAGGUCCCAGUUGAGAACCUCAUCGGCAAGGAGAACCAGGGUUUCAAGGUCAUCAUGACCAACUUCAAUCACGAGCGUAUCGGCAUUGUGAUCCAGUGUGUUAGGUUCGCCCGUGUGUGUUAUGAAGAGUCGAUGAAGUAUGCCCACAAGCGCCGCACCUUCGGCAAGAGGCUCAUUGACCAUCCCGUGAUUCGGAUGAAGUUGGCACACAUGGCCCGUCAGAUCGAGGCAACAUACAACUGGCUGGAGAACAUUAUCUACCAGUGCCAGUCGAUGGACGAGACGGAAGCCAUGCUCAAGCUGGGUGGCGCCAUUGCUGGUCUGAAGGCACAAUCCACCACCACUUUUGAGUUCUGCGCCCGUGAGGCCAGUCAGAUCUUUGGCGGUCUCAGUUAUAGCCGCGGUGGUCAAGGUGGUAAGAUCGAGAGGUUGUACCGUGAUGUUCGAGCCUACGCGAUCCCAGGUGGAAGCGAGGAAAUCAUGCUGGAUCUCAGCAUGCGUCAGAGCUUGCGUGUGCACCAAAUGUUUGGGCUGAAGCUCUGA